GUAGAGAGAGAGAGAGAGAGAGAGAGAAGAACAAAAAGGAGCUGUAAUCACAUGGAGUUUGUUUGGCUGAUGGGUCCUCCCUCGUUCCGCCCGACAAUUAUGAGCUGAAACUCUUUUUGUCCAAAAAGAAAAUAUUCUUCUUCCUUUCCUCUUCUUCCUUCAUCUCCAUCUUUCGCCUGAAAAAUUAUGGCCGACGACAAGGAGAUCUCUGCCCCAGUUGUCGACUCAAACGAUACAGUCACUGGUCACAUUAUUUCCACGACCAUAGGUGGCAAAAAUGGAGAACCCAAACAGACGAUCAGUUACAUGGCAGAGCGUGUUGUUGGGACUGGAUCGUUUGGAAUUGUUUUUCAGGCCAAAUGCUUGGAAACUGGAGAGACAGUAGCAAUAAAGAAGGUUUUACAAGACAGAAGAUACAAGAACCGUGAAUUGCAAUUAAUGCGCACAAUGGAUCAUCCAAAUGUGGUUUCUCUGAAACAUUGCUUCUUUUCCACUACGAGUAAAGAUGAGCUUUUUCUCAACUUAGUGAUGGAGUAUGUCCCAGAGACCAUAUAUCGGGUUUUGAAGCAUUACAGCAAUUUGAACCAGAGAAUGCCUCUCAUCUAUGUGAAACUUUACACUUACCAAAUUUUCAGGGGGCUGGCAUAUAUGCACAAUGUUCCUGGAGUUUGUCACAGGGAUUUGAAGCCUCAAAAUGUUCUGGUUGAUCCUCUUUCUCACCAGGUCAAGAUUUGUGAUUUUGGAAGUGCAAAAAUGCUAGUGAAGGGUGAAGCAAACAUAGCAUACAUAUGCUCACGUUUCUAUCGGGCUCCAGAACUCAUAUUUGGUGCCACGGAAUAUACAACUUCAAUUGAUAUCUGGUCAGCUGGUUGUGUCCUCGCUGAGCUUCUUUUAGGCCAGCCAUUGUUCCCUGGAGAAAAUGCAGUAGAACAGCUUGUGGAGAUUAUCAAGGUUCUUGGUACACCGACUCGGGAAGAAAUUCGUUGUAUGAACCCAGGUUAUACUGAUUUUAGAUUUCCACAAAUAAAGGCACACCCUUGGCACAAGGUUUUCCACCAAAGGAUGCCUCCUGAAGCAAUUGAUCUUGCCUCAAGGCUACUACAAUACUCCCCAAGUCUUCGCUGCACUGCACUAGAGGCAUGUGCACAUCCAUUUUUUGAUGAGCUUCGAGAACCCAAUGUCCGCCUACCAAAUGGUCGCCCAUUGCCUCCUCUGUUCAACUUCAAGCAAGAGUUGGCUGGAGCUUCUCUGGAGCUUGUUGGCAAGUUGAUACCAGAGCACGUGAGACGACAAAUGGGUCUUAAUUUCUUUCCUUCAAUCACAUAACAUGGAGUGAUGUUGAAUUGGUUUCUAGUAAUUGAUGAACGAGACGAACAGGGGCUUUGAAUAACCCUGUGGUGACCUACCUGAUCAGCAGCUUCUCUUGCUCUACAAUGAUGCAAAAUAUUUAGGAUGUUCAAUGGCUGCACUCAAUUCCCCUCCCAAUUCCCCCAUCAACCCCGAAAAAACUAUUAUGGAGGGGGAAUCUGUAGUCUGUUUGUAUAUGUUUUAUUGUAAUUUCUAUAAUCAUAAAGUUUUUUGCAGAAAGAAAAAGCUUGAAAAGAAAAAAAAAAAGAAAAAAGAAAGAAUUACACGUACUGGUAGCAAGGAAGGCUCUUGAAAGAACUGCAGGGAUAGGAGGGGAGGGAUUUGUCGUUGUUCGUUUGAUUUUCUACGGACUUGGUGUUUGUUGUGCCUGACUAUGAAUCAGAGAAUAUUAUUGCUCUCCUUUGUACCUAUAUGUAUACUAUGCUUACAUCAUUUUGCCAAUAUAUUUCAUUUGCUGUUUUUCACUUCCCU